AAGCAGAUUUUCCUUUCCAAAAUGACUCUCCAAGCUCUGAUUUUGUGUCUGGCUUGUGCUGGGUUUGGAAAGGCAAAUGUGGUUCCACAGGCUAAACAGAGAAAUGUGACGGUAGGCCACACUGUGACUCUCAGCUGUACCCUGACAGAACCCCAGGAUGUUCUGCAAGUGACAUGGCAAAAGAACUCUGAAAAAUUACACUAUGAUAAUAUAGCUACGUACAGUAUCACAAAAGGAUUAAAGAUUCAUGAGCCCUAUCAAGACCGAAUGAAUUUCACAAGUCUGGUACUCAAUGAGACAAGCAUCACUUUCUGGGACACUAGAAUGGAAGAUUCAGGUUGCUACACGUGCCUCUUCAAUGUUUUCCCUUUGGGCUCCUUCUCAGGACGUACCUGCCUGAAUGUCUUUGGUCUCAAUGGGUCGCUCCACUACAAAGUUUCCGAAGGUCGUUUGAUCGCCAUCUGUAAUGCUGUUGGCCUCCCAGAGCCCACCGUCACCUGGAGCAACUCGUUCAAUUCUACUCCUAAAGAGGAGACAGUCAAGCACAGCAAUGGGAUGGUGUCCAUCACCAGUAAACUGGAGAUCUACAACACUCAGAGCAUCGCUUCACAGGACUUGACCUGCAGAAUAAGCAAUGCAAAUGAAAAAAUAGAAUUGCCUGUGCAAAUGAAAGGAGAAGAGGGAUCUUCAUGGCUUUGGCUGGUGAUUAUUGUGGUGAUUUUAGUUGGCAUCAUAGUUCUGAUUCUGAUCACAUUGUGCUGGAGGAAGAGGAUGUGCAGGAGGAGUUGA